AUGGAAAGUCAUAGGGAUUUGCCCACAAAAGCCAUCAGUUUUUGUUUACUUCCAUCAGAGCUCAUCCAAUAUAUAAUCCUUCAGCUUGCCUUGCCAGAAAUUAUCCGAUUGAAAUCUGUCAAUAAGUCCAUUUUCUCUAUUAUUUCUGAUCGUGAUUUCAUUCGCGACUACAAUCAUCAAUCAAGCUCUGCCACGUGGCUAUUCCUCUACAAGAAAAGGUGGCGUCGCGAAGCCGUACUUUACGGCUUCUCAGAUUGUUCCAACAGGUGGUUCAACAUAUUGAUUGCUGAUUUGUUGAAACAAGUGGUUCCACCAGGUGAAGAUGUCUACUUUUUGACUGCAGCUGGUAAUAUAUUCCUUUUUGCUUUGAAUAACAGACAGGAAGUUAUUUCAGUUGAUAUUAUGACUAGGAUGGUCAAAAAGAUCCCUCCAAGUCCAUUAGGUCCACGUGGUACAUCUUCGUGGCGAAGAUCCGGUAUGAAAUUGCUGUCUAAUAAUUCCGAGCAUUUUCGAUUUUUGUUUGCUGAAUUACAUGAAAGUCAUCCAACUUUAUUCGAGUAUGAUUCAAGAGUUGAGAGAUGGAAAUUUACCCAGGCAAUAGAGAUUACCCAAGGCCAAGACAUGCGAGGUGAUUUUAUUUUCCUAAGUGCAUCUAAUGGACGAAAUGGAAGUGUUAUCAUAGGCGUGCGACCUCAAUGCAACAGCAGUACUCCAGUUGUUAUCCGACCAACAUUCAUCCCACGAGGGAACGAUGAAGACAGAUUAGCCGUUGGAUUUAGUUGGGGGAAUGCCAUCGAUCUAUUACACGUGUACGGUGAUGGAAAUAUGAUGACUAUUAGAUCAGACAAAGUGAAUAAAACAAUUAGAAAGAUUAAGGGAAUAGAGUUAUGGGGGUUGAGCACAAAUGGGAGGUAUUGGGAAUUCGUAUCAAUGGUACCAAAUGAGUUAAUUGAUAAAAUAAGCAAGCCAUAUGGUGCUAUGAUGGGGUGUAUGCAAAAUACUCAAUGCAUAACAAGGGCAAUUUUGAUGACCAAUCUUGAGGGUACAUGGGAAACAAUUUGGUUAAGCUAUGACAAAAAGGACUACCAGUGGGCGUGGCUUCCAUUACCUGAUUGCAACAUGAAGGGCUCAAACUUGGCUGGAGUCACAUUCUCCUCUGGUUUAACCUUGUCCUAGGAUUAUCAUAUUCUAACUGCAUUUUAAAUGUCUGGUUCAACCAUACUGGAACAGUGAAACAACACCAAACCCCACCCCAAGAUUUUUGUCCCCUCUAUUUUUGGUUACGCGAUGCACGUGUGCCUUGUAUCAAUGAACAUAAACUUUUUAAACACCAUAUAAAUAAUAUUAAAAAAAUAUUCUUGAGUU